AAUAGGAAAAUCCGAUGAAAGGUGGUGAUGAUCUGCUUGGAGCUGUCAGCUAAAACUGACGGCGAUGCAAGCUUGAUAUAUUUCCACUUCCAAGGAAACAUCGGUUUUCUGUUUCUGCACUAGAUUACCAUAAAAUUUAGCCGUAUGGCUAGAAAAUUGAGGUCUAUUCUUGUAGCAGUGACAAUGGGAUACUCAUUCCUGCUUGUCGUCACACUGGCCCAAAACUGCCCAGAUACAUAUUUCCUGUACAAGAAAAACUGUGUACCAUGUACGUGUGAGAACUACACCGAGGUUUGCGACAAGGCAGCGGGGACGUGCAGCAGCGGAUGUCGUGCUGGCUACCGCGGACAGGCCUGCCAAGAAGUCUGCCCAAAAGGCACGUUUGGCAAGGAUUGUCAGAGUACCUGCAGCUGCCCACCUAACUGCUACACCUGUGACAGCGUCACCGGCUCAUGUGUCUGCCUGGGAGCAGACAGAAGCACGCCUACCCAAGAAGAGAAGGAUAGAUAUGACAUCUCGUCGUUGACCAAAGUGGAGGUCGUUGUGGGACUAAUGGUAGGAUACUCAUCCUUCAUACUCGUCUUCAAUACCGCACUGUACUUUUUGUGGGUGAGAAACGACACUGAAGUGGGACCAGAGUGAAUGGGAACCAGGAAGCACCACAGCACUAUCAAGACUUCCAAGAACAUAUACUAAAUGAAACUUUUCUCGUGCGCAAGG